AUGGCCCAUGGCAGUGGGUUAGGAGCAGGUGAUUCUACGUUUGGAACGGGAAUGGGCAGCGUUAAUCUAAAUGGGAUCAUGGCUCAUGGCAGUGGGUUGGGAGCAGGUGUUCCCACGUUCGGAACACCCUACAACAAUACCGGGACGCAAAUGAGCGCCUACCCGAGCUCCAUCCCCCCAAACGAAAUCAUGCCCUUUGGCGAUGACUUCGGUCCAACCUUCUGCAAUGGAGACUUGCUACUAGACCCCUUCGCCCCCAACGAAAUCACCCCCCAAGCCAAUGUGUUUGGAGCCAGCACCGCCUCCGCUUCCAGCACCCGGUACAGCAGUAAGGGAAACAGCAAAAGUCUAGCAUCCCGUGCUAGCCAACCUUCCUUGUUUCGACAGCUCUGGGCUGAUCUUCAUCCAUCCGACGAUGAGUCAGAUGGAGGCCGUACAUCUGCUACGAAAUCUCGGGGAGGGAAGAGUAGAGCUGCGAAAGGGUUGAAGGGGAGGAGGUCGGUACAGUCGUUUGCGGAGAAGAAGGCGGAGCAGCAGCGUCUGCCAUUUAGUGCUUUGACGCAGACAGAGCAGCCUCUUCAAGGAACGAUGUCUUUCGCUCCAUCAGCGCCAUGGCAGCCGACUCUCCUGGACACCACGGCUGAUGCUCAACCCCAGGUCACCUGGCUGGCAGGCGGUGCGUCAGCUACGAAAUUCAAGGGAAAUAGGAAAGGAGGGAUUGGUCGCUCUGCGUCUCGAUCGCGUGGCACUGCUAGUAACUCGCCGUUCAACGACUCGAAUCCAUCCAACCCCCUUUUUCAGGGCAUCACGUCUGUCCAGUCGUCAAGCAAUGGAAACGUCGACGAUUCAAAUAAUUUUAAUUGGUCCUAUCUAAAUUUUCAAGACUAUCAAGACCCGAAGUCUGCUCUACCCCAGAGCAACGUGCUCGGAGUAGGCGGCACAUCCGCUACCAAAUCAAAGAAAGAUAAGAGCCGAACAACCAGUCGUUCGGCGUCUCGAUCGCGAGGCAAUGCCAAUUAUUACUCGCCCUUCAAUGACUCGGGUUCACCCGAACUUCUUUUCCAGGGCAUCACAUAUGUUCCACCGCCGAGCACUGGAACCGGGCCGGAAGUACCUGGGAUUAAACAGACUCUCGACGAAAUGAUUGAGUCUAACUUCUCUAUUCAAGCCAUGAGGGAUGCUCUGCCCCAGAGUAACGUGCUGGGAAGGAGUAGUUCUGCGUAUGGAUCACGUAGUGGCACGCCCACAAACGUAUCCGCUGGCGAAGUCAUUGUAUCCGGCCCUUCGAAUCAAAGCCUGAUAUUCCCUGAGACAUUCAGCGACACGGCAUCCAUCGCAGCACCGCCGUCGGCAGCAGUAUCAGUCGCCUCACACAACACAUUCGCAGGCCACACAGUCAACGGAAAAAAAUCCAUGCCUGCAGAACAAGUCCGCUACCAAGCCAACAACCGGCCCCAACCUGGCCCUAACGUCCCCUACUCUGGCACAUACUGGGACCACGAAAACAUAAUGAGGAAUAGCGGUAUUCCUGGCCCUUACUUGCAUUACCCCGUCGUUCAGGAUAGCUGGGAACUUUACAAGAAGGGGCCCCCCGGGCAGCUUCGUACGAUUAGUAGUAAAAAUGACCCCUCGAAGUAUAUUUUGGCGCUUCAUCCUCCGACGGGAGCGGUUACGGGGAAGGGGCAUACGGCGAUGGUGGAGGGGCAUUAUCAUGCAGCGGUUCAUUCGAAGAAGAGGUAGGUGAGGGGGGUUGAUUGUGGUGGGAUGGGAGGAUUGAGGGGUUGGGUGUGUAUGGUUUGUCUGGUUUUAUUGAGUGGCGUUUGGAAAUGUAAGGUGUUGGUGGAAGAGAUGGGAAAUGGUGGUGAGAUUAUAUCAAUACUAUUGUCUAUGGUUUUAAGUGAUAUUCACUCACUCAUUCUGUAUUUUAAGAUAUUGUGCCGGUCGCUGAGUAAACACCCCACCCGGCCCCCUACAUCCUGUAGAAACACAUAGUUCCAAAUAGAAUAUACAGUGCCAG